UACCAAUAAAAAAAAAAACCUAACAUUAAAAAAACUUUGAAUAAAAACCGACUUGUUAAGACAGAAUAACUCAUUAAUAUACCAAUAUAUUUAUAUAAAAAGAAGCGUCCAUUGUUACAGACCAUUCAUAUUCAUCAUGAUUACGUGAACAUAGGCCAAAGGUUGCCCUACGAAUUUUAUUUGCGCGGUCCUGGAUCAUCCCUGGCUUUCCUGCAAACAAACGAAGAAACAAGUUUUAAGAGGGGAGGAGAGGAGAGGAGGCUGCGGCUUAAAUUGCAGUCAAAGAUUUGGAUUUGCGGCGACAUUUAUCUUUCUAAGGUGUCCCGGACUGCCGGGUUCUCCCAGGGUGUACAUGAUACUCGAAGAAGUUAAUAACGUCUAGGAUUGGAGCUGAGCUUCCAAGAAAAUGACCAUGGCUGACAGGAAGACCAUAGAUCUUGAACAGGGGUGGGAGUUCAUGCAGAAAGGAAUCAAGAAGCUCAUUAACAUCUUGGAAGGGGUUCCUGAGCAGCAAUUCAAUUCGGAGGAGUACAUGAUGCUUUACACGACUAUUUAUAACAUGUGUACGCAGAAGCCUCCCCAGGAUUAUUCGCAGCAACUCUAUGACAGAUACAGGGAAUCUUUUGAAGAUUAUAUCACUACGAUGGUUCUACCAGCCCUAAGGGAGAAGCACGAUGAGUUUAUGUUGAGAGAACUAGUAAGGCGAUGGGAAAAUCACAAAAUAAUGGUUCGGUGGCUUUCUCGUUUUUUUAACUACUUGGACCGCUAUUUCAUAGCUAGGCGCUCACUGCCAGCUCUAAAUGAAGUUGGUUUAACAUGCUUCCGUGAUCUGGUCUACCAAGAAAUUAGGAAUAAUGUGAAGGAUGCAGUGAUAACUCUGAUUGAUAGAGAACGUGAAGGAGAACAAAUUGAUCGGGCUUUAUUGAAAAAUGUUCUUGGCAUCUUUGUAGAGAUUGGGAUGGGUAGCAUGGAUUUCUAUGAAAAGGAUUUUGAAGUAGCCAUGUUGGAAGAUACUGCUUCUUAUUAUUCUCGAAAGGCUGCCUCCUGGAUUCUAGAGGAUUCUUGCCCAGAUUAUAUGCUCAAGGCUGAGGAAUGUUUAAAGCGAGAAAAAGAGAGAGUUGCCCAUUAUUUGCAUUCUAGCAGUGAACAGAAAUUGCUAGAGAAAGUACAAACUGAACUACUAUCUCAGUAUGAGAGUCAGCUUUUGGAGAAGGAACAUUCAGGUUGCCAUGCAUUGCUAAGAGAUGACAAGGUGGAUGAUCUUUCAAGGAUGUAUAGGCUAUUUUAUAGGAUACCGAAAGGCUUGGAACCUGUGGCUCAGAUUUUCAAGCAGCAUGUAACUGGUGAGGGAACAUCAUUAGUUAAGCAUGCAGAAGAUGCAGCCACCAAUAAAAAGGCAGAAAAGAAGGACAUGGUUGGUGCACAGGAGCAGGCAUUCGUGAGGAAGGUUAUUGAAUUGCAUGACAAGUACUUGCAAUAUGUUAAUGAAUGUUUUAUGAACCAUUCCCUUUUCCACAAGGCACUGAAGGAAGCAUUUGAGGUGUUCUGUAACAAGGGAGUUGCAGGAAGCACAAGUGCUGAAUUGCUUGCUACAUUUUGUGACAAUAUCUUAAAAAAAGGUGGCAGUGAAAAAUUGAGCGAUGAAGAUAUUGAAGAUACACUGGAAAAGGUUGUCAAGCUCCUCGCAUACAUUAGUGAUAAAGACUUAUUUGCAGAAUUUUACAGGAAGAAGCUUGCACGUAGACUUCUGUUUGAUAAAAGUGCAAAUGAUGAUCAUGAAAGAAGCAUAUUGACAAAAUUGAAGCAACAGUGUGGUGGCCAGUUUACUUCUAAAAUGGAGGGCAUGGUUACAGAUUUAACAUUAGCAAAGGAGAACCAAGGGAAUUUUGAUGAUUAUCUUAACGAAAACUCUCAUGCACAUCCUGGCAUAGACUUGACUGUGACAGUUUUGACAACUGGGUUUUGGCCCAGUUACAAAUCAUUUGAUCUUAAUCUGCCUGCUGAAAUGGUAAGAUGCGUAGAGGUGUUCAAGCAGUUCUAUCAGACAAAGACAAAGCAUAGAAAGCUUACAUGGAUAUAUUCUCUGGGUACUUGUAAUAUUAACGGGAAGUUUGACCCUAAGCCUAUGGAACUUGUUGUUACUACAUACCAGGCAUCUGCACUGUUGCUCUUCAAUGCAUCGGAAAAGCUAAGUUAUUCAGAAGUUAAGACUCAAUUGAAUUUGACUGAUGAAGACAUUGUCAGAUUGCUACAUUCUCUUUCAUGCGCAAAACAUAAAAUUCUCAAUAAAGAGCCAAACACAAAAACUGUAUCACAAACAGAUUACUUCGAAUUCAAUUCAAAGUUCACUGAUAAGAUGAGGAGAAUUAAGAUUCCAUUACCACCAGUGGAUGAGAAAAAAAAAGUGAUCGAGGAUGUGGAUAAAGAUAGACGUUAUGCAAUUGAUGCGUCAAUUGUAAGAAUCAUGAAGAGUAGAAAAAUUUUGGCUCACCAACAGCUUGUUAUGGAAUGCGUUGAGCAACUUGGACGAAUGUUCAAGCCUGAUUUCAAGGCAAUCAAAAAGCGAAUUGAAGACCUGAUCACACGGGAAUACCUGGAAAGGGACAAAGAUAAUCCUAACACUUUCAGAUAUUUGGCCUGAAACUAUUUAAAUGGGUGUUUAAGCAUCCUUCAUGCAGAAGUCGAAAUCUCAGAAAAAGGCUGGGCUGUAAUUAAAGUCCUUUUAAGUCGUGAUAAAAAAGCUCACAAAAAGGCAUAUCAUUUCUUAUUUAAGCAGUGAAGGAUGUGGAGCUCCUUGGUAACAAGGUCAGUUUCUUGAGAAGUCGUGAUUGGAGAAUAUCCCUGAAUCUCAUUGUUCGACCAAGAUGGUCGAUUCAUUGUUUGGAUAGUGUGUUAUUGGUUGAAAAUGUGUCCUAGCUAGAAUUUGUUCUGUUAGGUCCUUCGGCAGAGACAGCAGAUGCUUCAAUGCCUACCAUGGUGUAGUUGAUUUUCUCCAACUAAUAUGGGGUUGGAUAUGGGCUGGCUCACAAAUUUUUAAUAUUAUGAACUCACAAAUUUUUUAUAUUAUGAACUCACAAAUUUUUGAAUUUGAUAAGAUAUGAUGGAUUUAAUCUCAAAAGAUUAAAAUGUUUAUAUUAGUAGUUCUAUUCA